GCAAGAUCACAUAUGAAUUUUUAUGACAAUUAUUUCAUGGCUAAAAGCCAAAGUAAAGCAGAUUCAUCAGACUUCUUAAGUACUGAAAUCUCUGGAAAUAACAUCGAUUAUAGAACCUCUAAUAAUGUUUCUGUUGUCAGGAAACAGAGACGUGCCGAAGCUAUGCGAAAAUCAAAUUCAAAAAUCAAAAAUGGCUUCGAUGAGAUUUAUAAGAUGCUUCCCCAUUAUUUUGCAAGUAGUAAGAUGACACUAGCAAUUGAACGAGAUGUUGCAAUUAAUGCAGUCUUAAGGGCUAGCAAAAUUUGCCAAAAAGUUUUUCAAAACCUUGUGACAAGUGAUACUGUUAUUAAGAAGGAUAGAUCCCCUGUUACAGUUGCUGAUUUUAGUGCACAAGCAGUGGUAAACAAAAUUUUAUAUGAAUCUUUUCCAAAUGAUCCAAUUGUUGGAGAAGAAGAAUCUGGAAGUCUACGAGGUGAUAACGGAAAAGAACUGAGAAAUAAAGUUUUAUCAUUGGCUAACACUGUACUAGAUACUCCCUUGAAUGAUAAUGAGUUAUUGGAUACUAUUGAUAGAGGAAGCUUUCCUGGUGGCUCAAGUGGACGAAUAUGGGCUCUUGAUCCGAUAGAUGGAACCAUGGGAUUUCUUCGUGGAGAACAAUUUUGUAUUGGGUUAGCUUUGAUUAUUGACGGAGAUGUUCGCCUUGGUGUUUUAGGGUGUCCGAAUUUACCAGUAGAUCUUAAAGCACCUGAAGGUGAAAAAGGAUGUUUAUUUGUUGCCAUUAAGGGGCAAGAAGAAACACAAAUCCGUCUUGCAGAUAUUUCAUCACCAUCUGCAGCCUUAUUUUGUGAAUCAGUUGUAGCCGAACAUUCUUCACAUGGUGAUGCGGCAAAAAUUGCAUCAUUUCUUGGAAUCACAAAACCACCUCUCCGCAUGGAUAGUAUAUGUAAAUAUUGUGCUGUUGCGAGAGGUGAUGCAGAUAUUUAUCUAAGAUUACCUGAUCAUGCAGCUAGAUGCAUUCUUAUUAAGGAAGCAGAGGGUAUUGUUUCAGAUAUUAACAAUAAACCUUUAGACUUCUCUUUGGGAAGAACAUUAAAAACCAACAAAGGAGUCGUAGUUGCACAUUCUAAAAUACAUGGACAAGUUAUUGAUGUAGUUCAGCGAGUUAUUUAA